UGGUUCUUGGUUGACUUGGUUCUUGGUUGCGCGCAUUUAAAUUGUGCACGUGGUGUGUUUUUAUUCCAAAUAAUUGAUUUAUUUUUAAGAAUAUUGUGUUAAAUUUAUUCCAGCGCGAAUAGUAAUAGCAAAGGCCUCAUUUAAAUUCUAUUUAUUCCUUGAAAUUAAAUUAAACGAAGUUACAAUGUAAAUUCUAAGCGUGAUGUCCAAAGAAGGUUAUAGUGCCGAAAAGAAAGAAGGUGACAGUAAAGUGGUUUUAGAGAAGUUGCAAUCGUAUCUCAAGGAUAAGAGGAGUGUGGAAGUUGAAGCGAGCGUUAUUUAUAGCAAGCCGAGCACCAGUUUUGAGCCAAAUCCUCACAGUGCCGUCGACGAAAGUAGUAACGUGUUACGUGACGUAUUGAAUCACAAGAAGGCAGAACUCCUUCGGCAGCCUGAGAUAGUGUCUUUCCUGCAAACUAUAUCUUCCGAUCUCAAGAAGUCGUAG